AUGGGUUUGUCCCUAGAGGAAUCCUUACUUGCUGAUCUCAGCGAUAUCGACUCUGAAGAUGACUCAGAGUUGGAAGACAACCAGCAAAAUCACAACAACAGUAUUAAUAACAAAGCAAACACCCUUAAUAACCAACACUCCCUAGCUGACGCCAAUAAUAAUCAACCAAACGACUAUGAAGAAAUAAAUAGUAAGUCUAAUGUUUCUUCUAAUUCGAACUCUUCUGACAAACUUUUAUUAACUGAAAUUAAUAAUUUAUUAUCAAAUAAUAAAUCGUUAUCGACUUCUGAUUUAAUUUCCAGGUUGGAUUUGAAUAAAAUUAAUGACAUCACCUCCAUAUCAAACUUACUACCGAUUGUUGAUUCAAUAUUAUUGAAAAUCAAUACUAACCAAAUCAAUAAUGAUAAUGAUAAUGAUAAUGAUAAUGAUAAUGAUAAUGAUAAUGAUAAUGAUAAUGAUGAUUACAAUUUUUUAAUAAAAGUUAAUGAACUAACUGUAGAAAUAAACAACGAAAUUCAGUUCAUUUACAAUUUCAUUAAAAUUCAUUAUUCCAAACAGUUUUCAGAAUUAUCUCUAUUAAUUGAAAACCCUGUUGAUUACGCUAAUAUUGUCCUAAAUUUAAUCAAAAGUUCAAAUCAAAUUAAUGAUCCUAUUUUUUUGAAAAUUUUACCACCUGAAAAGCAUUUACUCUUAACAAUAAGUUUAUUAGAAAAUGAAAAGAAUCUAAAGUCAAAUAACAACAGCAAUAACUCCAUUGUCACUAAUAAUAAUAAUAAUAAUAAUAAUAAUAAUAAUAGUAAUAAUAAUAACAACAGCAAUAAUAACAAUAAUAACAAUAAUAAUCAAGUGCUAUCAACUUCUCAGUUAAAUAAUAUUUUAAAAGCUUGUUCUUUAUUGUUAUCUCUAAACUCUGCAAUCCAAAAAUUAAUCAACUAUGUUGCUUCAAAACUAUACAAAUUUGCCCCCAAUUUAACCGAAAUAAUUGGUCCAAAUUGUGCUGCUCAACUAUUAGCUUACACUGGUAGCUUGAAAAACUUAUCAUUAACACCGGCUUGCAAUAUUUCUUCUAUUGGUUCGAAAAAACCUGUAGCUUUAGGUUUUGGUUCAAAUGGUAUUCGAUUAAAAGGAUAUAUAUACAACUCCCCGGUCAUUUCAAACUUGCCAGAUACUUCAUUGCAAAAGAAAGCAAUGAAGUUGGUUUCAUCAAAAUUAGUGUUGGCCGCAAGAAUUGAUUUAAACCAUAAUUAUUCAAAUGGGGAAAUGGGGAAAAAGUUGUUAAUGGAAAUCAACCAAAAGUUGGUGGAUUAUGCAAAGCCUCCAGAUAAUCGACCACCUAAAGCUUUACCGAUUCCCUUGGAUAAACCAUCAAAAAAGCGAGGGGGCAAAAGAUUUAGAAAAUUCAAAGAACAAUUCCAAAUGUCGGAAUUAAGAAAGGCCCAAAAUAGGUUGGAAUUUGGUAAAGAAGAAGAAACUGUUUUGGAUGCUUAUGGAGAAGAAAUUGGUUUAGGUAUGGCUAGUAGAAUCCAUAAGAUUGAUAAUAAAAAUAAAGCUAAAAUGACUAAAAAAAUGACUACAAGAUUGACAAAUUUAAACAUUAAGUAA